AUGUCGAUCUCACCGGUGGACAUCACAAGCCUCAAACAGAGGUACGAGAAGGCUGGUCAAUCACAUCUCUUUGCCUUUUGGGAUACCUUGGCUGCUGAGCAACAAGCUGAGCUCGCUCAACAGCUCGACGAACUCGACGUAUCGCGCGUCAACCAGGUCUUUCACACCGCCAUCAAGGCAGACGAAGAGGCGAGGGCCGGCAAGUCGCAUCAGGUACAACCACCGCCGCCUUCGUCCGUCGAGAACACCAUUCAAGGCGAAGCAGACCCCGCCAAAGUUGAGCAGUUCCGCAAUGUUGGCCUCAACGCAAUUGCCCAAGGUCAAGUCGGAGUUCUCUUGAUGGCUGGUGGCCAGGGCACACGUCUCGGCUCGAGUGCUCCCAAAGGUUGCUACGACAUUGGUCUUCCGUCCCACAAGAGCUUAUUCCAGAUCCAAGCUGAGCGCAUCCUCUCUCUCCAGAAGCUUGCCGCCAAGCACGCCAACAGUUCCUCCUCCUCCAGCAGCUCGUCCAGCAGUGGCGUCAUCAUCCCUUGGUACAUUAUGACCUCUGGACCCACGCGCAAAGACACGGAAGCAUUUUUCGACCAACACAAGUACUUUGGUCUCGAAAAGCAAAACAUUAUUUUCUUCGAGCAAGGUACUCUUCCAUGUCUCUCGCUAGAGGGCAAGAUCCUUCUUGAGACACCUAGCAAGGUCGCCACUGCUCCAGACGGCAACGGCGGCUUGUACCGCGCCCUUCGAACGCCGUAUAACAAAGGUCAUCCCGAAACCGUCAUUUCCGAUCUCGAAAAACGCGGCAUCAAGUACCUCCACGCGUACGGUGUGGACAACUGUCUUGUCAAAGUUGGCGACCCUGUUUUCCUCGGCGUCUGUUUGCAGCAGGAUGUUCAGGUUGGCGUCAAAGUCGUCAAGAAGGAGAACCCUAAAGAGUCGGUUGGCGUUGUUGCACUUCGCGACGGCAAGUUUGGAGUGGUCGAAUACUCGGAGAUUCCAGAGGCAUUGAGCGAAGCGCGCGAUGCCAACGGUGAGCUCUCGUUCCGAGCCGCCAACAUUGUCAACCACUUCUACACGACUAAGUUCCUCGCAGAUGAUGUACCUGCCUUUGAACCCGAGAUGGCCUUCCACAUCGCGCGCAAGAAGAUUCCCACCAUCGAUUUGACUACAGGCCAACCGGUCAAGCCCUCUACACCCAACGGCAUGAAGCUCGAGCUGUUCGUCUUUGACGUCUUCCCCUUCUGCGGCGACAAGCUUGCCGUCCACGAAGUUGCAAGACAAGAAGAGUUCAGCCCGCUUAAGAACGCAAAAGGAACCGGUGUUGACGACCAGGACACUUCGCGCCGAGAUCUUCUUGCCCAACAGAGCCGAUGGCUCCGCGCUGCAGGUGCCAAGAUCGCGGAUGACGUCGAAAUCGAGCUCAGCCCGCUCCUCACAUACAGUGGCGAGGGACUCGACAAGUUUGCUGGUCAGACUCUGUCGCAAUCUGGCAACAUUGAGCCUUGA